CGGCCAAGGGCCACGUGACCGCCCAGAGGCGCUUAUAAAGAUGAAAUUAGAGUCCCAUCAAGACCAUCGGAGACAGAUAUUCAAGGGUACCGAUCUCCAGCUUCGGUCGGUCUUUAUUUCGUUUUCAAUUUUUUAAGCUCGUAAUUCUUAAGUACGUAAAGGGAACCUGCCAGACGCGAUCAACACAAGCUGCGAAAUUAACGGUGAACGGAGCGUGAAGCUGUCUUAAUUUAUACCCCAGGGGGCAGGCGGGCAUCGACUGCUUACUGACACCGGAAAGUGUGCAAGUAAAGCAGGCAGAUUUCAGACUUUCCGAAGUAACGUUCCUCUCAACGCAAAGGCGACGAUGGACCGCGGAGGCUGUCGUCUAAACGGCGGUCAAGGUGGCGAAAGCGGCGGACUGAGUUCAGGUGCCGGUGGCGGGAUGAUCACGCUGGAGGACCUGGAAUCCUUCUCGGAGGAUCAGCAGUCAGACUCCGGCAACGGGAGUCUGGAAGAGGGUGAAACUAUGGCAGAUGACGAGCAGGAGAGACUUCUACAUUACUGGCAGGACGUGGCCAGGGGACAUCAGGUCGAAGUGCCCAGAGACAUGGCCGGGCCCAUCCAGCAGCUGACCACCAACAACGAUGGCACCCAGGACCGGCAGCCCGUGCCCAGCACCCUCAUCAUCCGCAAAGAGAAGUGCGGGACUGUGCUCUACGAGAAGAGGCACUACGAGAAGGCCUACUGGGCCUGCAUCACCAUCCAGGAGGAGACCUACGAGCAAAGCAUCUGCCACGGCUUCAUGAAGCUCAUGAGAUACAUCUGCCAGCAGAACUCCUCAGGCAGCUACCUGGGGAUGACUAUCCCCAUCGUGACUGUGGUGCGUACAGACGAGGCGCACACCGCCCUGUCCCAGGCUGUGACCGUGGCCUACUACUUGCCCCCAGAGUUUCAAGGGCAGCCCCCACAGCCCUUCGAUGGAGAUAUCAUCAUCGAAGAAUGGCCUGCCACCAUCAUCUACGCCAGGGCUUUCAGCGGUGCCACGAACGAACAGACUAUCCUCAAUGAGAUCAACGUGCUGGCGGACAUCCUCGAGUCGCCGGGCAUCUUCCUGAGUGACUCUUUCAUCGUGGCAAGCUACAGCAGCCCAGCCGAUGCCAACCGCCGAAACGAGAUCUGGUUCCUGGAGAGGCCCUGAGUUGACUCUAAUGGUCCCUCCCACCUCAUACGCUUAUUGACCACUCUAGUCCAGUGUGGCCCAUUUGUCCACUGACCCAUGCCGCAACCAGCCGGCCUAAGGCAGAUUACAGUAGUUUAACCCUAAAUCGAUGGCCAUUCGCUACAAUAUCCAUAUCAUUUCUGGGUGAACAGGGGCCAGUGAUGAUAAUGACUAUUUCCCUCUUGGUUUUUAAUGCUGAAUGGUCAUUAUUUUGCAUUUUUGGGAGGCCAUCUUAGGACAGGAAUCCCAGUCAUCUGACUCCACGCUAAUGUGAUAAUCAGUGCUUCUGGAAUUGGAGAUCACAGAGGCACCCACAUUCACACCAUAAACACACUGCAGACAGUUAUCCAAAGUCAGACUGACUGUGUUA